GUGAAACUAUGAUUCUAUUUGGCUAAUCUAAGGAACAACAGAACUCUUUCAAACACCAAUAAUCCGGCAAGAUAUUCUUUAGAGGCCAUUCUGACCAGAUGACUAUUACCAUUUUGUGAUUUUGGGCAAGUUGUGGUGAGUGACUAUUAUACAUUCUCAAAAGCCUUGUCAUGUGAGCCUUGUAAAAGUGUAUUCUGUGUGCCUUUUUAUUCCACUACCAGUGUCCUCCACUCAACCUUCAUUUGGUACAGGUCACUGGUACUGGCAAAACAAUGGAUUUUGUUGUGUUUGGAAGUUUUCUGAACUGGAUUGUCUGGUGUCUGGUGGUAAGAAAUUUGUGAUCUGGUGGUCUAAAAUAUCUUGAUAGGAAAAAAAUUACAACUUAUUUUGAUAUGGUGUUUUGCAAUGUAUCACGUUGGUCUGGUGGCCAAUGAGACCAGCGAAUACUGUGUCUGCUCUGUUAUUACCUUUGAGCAAACUUUAGACUGUGCCUUUAGUGAGCUAUCGGUGCACCUGAGGGCAUCUGAGGGUUCUUGUAACUGAUAGGAAAAGGAGGACGGUUAAUGGUGGCUCCUGUGUGUCCAAGGCUCAGCCUGCUUCAUGACCAACAACUGUGUCACUAUGUAACCAAUUCUUGAGCUUAUUCACAGUUGGUUUCACACCCCAACUGUCACAACUUGUCUCCAGCCAUAGGUCUCUAAUCUCCAGCCAGAUGGCAGCACUUCUCUGGUUGCUAGGGAAGCCCAACACAUAAUCAAUGCUUAAUGACUGGUUCAAUACUCAAUGCCCACAUUGUACAGCAAGGUAGUGUGUUCGGACGAGACCAGUCAAAACCAUUGAAAAGCGUGGCAUUGUUAUUCAAAUGUACUUCACUUGCUUACACAGUUGAAUGGCUUAGGGUAGACUUGGGUCGCUUGGAAUUUGCAUACUGGACAAUUUAAUUCAAGGGGAUAGGGUGUCCAUGUGGUAAAGGAUCAUAAAUGAUGUCAUUACACAAGUAACUUUACUAAAUUCCGAUACAAUUUAGAAUUUGGAUAUCUUGUUAAUUUGGUUCUCAGUUCUUGUGGAUUAUUCACAAUGGGGUGUUCAGUGUAGUGUGUGUCUGAAGCAGAACUGGAGUGGUGUCAUACUGGAUUGUGUAUUGAUUCUCAUUGGGGUGAUCUGAGCUUAAUCAGAAAAUUACUCCAUCGUUCAUAGUGUACGUUUGUGUGAAUUAUAAUGAUGAUGACGACUUCAUCACCAGCAGGUGGGCAAAUGGAGUCCAAUGGAAUUUCACCUCAUCAAAGCAUUGGGGGCCAGAGCUCUCUUGUGACUUCGCGGUUUGCACCUACCUUGGCUGCUGUUACUGAAAAUGCUGCUAAAACUGUUGACAAUAUCAUGAAAACUGUGCUAGGUGCUACGGCUGGGCCAAGUAAUCCGUCCACUCGUCGCAUCACCACUGCUGACAUUGUUAAAGGAAAAACUGUCUCUCAUACUGCUUCGACUAUGAAAUAUGUUACAGAGGUGAUGAAGAAAUUUAGGACAACUCCAGAACCGGACAACUCUACCAUCGACUUUUUCGACUUUGGCAACUUCACAGCAAAUACCACCACCAACUCGACCGAUAUGAACCCGGUGAAUCCAAACGCUGAGCGCGAUUUCUACAUCGGCCUCUUUCUCGCUAUCAGUUCCACAAUAUUCAUCGGGUCCAGUUUUAUAUUGAAGAAGAAGGGCUUGUUGAAGUUGGCUAGGACAGCAAAUGCCAGAGCGGGAGCGGGUGGAUAUGGUUACCUCAAAGAAUGGUUGUGGUGGACGGGCAUGAUUAUGAUGGCCGGUGGAGAAUGUGCCAACUUUGCAGCCUAUGCUUUUGCGCCGGCAACCCUAGUUACGCCACUAGGAGCUCUCAGUGUAUUAGUCAGUGCUGUCCUCUCAUCAAAACUCCUGAAUGAAAAGCUGAACUUGCUCGGCAAGUUAGGCUGUGCAAUCUGCUUGGUGGGCUCCACAGUGGUCGUCAUCCAUGCACCGAAGGAACAAGAGAUUACCAGUAUGAUGGAACUGGGGGAAAAAAUGAAAGACCCAGGUUUCAUCACGUACGCCGUCUACAUCAUCAUCCAAGGUGCUGUGUUGAUCUUCUACGUGGGACCACGCUGGGGAACGACCAAUCCUCUCAUAUACGUUACAAUCGCUGGUUCCAUUGGCUCCCUCUCAGUCAUGGGAUGUAAGGGCCUGGGUGUCGCUCUUAAACAAACAUUCAAUGGAAAUCAGCAGUUCACGUAUUGGUUAACGUGGCUUGUCAUUUUCCAAGUCGGCUUCUGUAUCACAAUCCAGAUGAACUUUCUCAACAAGGCAUUGGAUAUUUACAACACGUCAGUAGUUACACCAAUUCUCUACGUCUUUUUCACCACUUUCGUACUUAUUGCAUCUGCCAUUUUGUUCAAGGAAUGGGGUAGCUUAAAACCUGAGGAUAUUGUGGGAAAUAUCUGUGGAUUCUUGACAAUUGUUGCGGGUAUAUUUCUGCUGCACGCUUUCAAAGAUAUGAAUGUUUCUUUGAACAAUCUACCAAAAGCUAGAAAAGAGACAGAGAUUGCUCCCAUCGCAAAACAAAAUGGUGAAAUAAACUAUAACCAUCAAUCACAGGAUGAUAUACGGUCGACGCUCUUGGACAACAUGGAGACCCAAGCUAGUGAGGAGGAUCUUCAGGGCGAUGUUCUCUUCCGCCCAACCAACGACAAUCAUUUCGGCGACAAAUGACUAGCAACAAUCCCUAGCACUGACGAUGAGAGCCUGAUGCCCAAUGGUAGUCUGAACAUCAUGGACGACACCACAAGUAAUGCAGAGUCGGAAGUGCUAGCACCAAAAGAAGGGGAGGGUGAGUUGACAGAGGCGCUUGUCAACUGGGACUGGAAACUCAGCUAGACUUAAUCUUAUCAUUUUAUUUUAGUGAGGACGUGAUAUUGUAAGAUACUUGUAAAUAUACUCACCGUUAUAUAUUUAUGAUAAUAUGAUUGUGCUGCUUUCAAGACGGUCAUUUAGAAGGUGUUUGUGUGGUGAGCAAUAAGUGCCAUUGUUUGGGCUUUCAAGCUUUCAUGGAACAAUAGUGUUUGCACUGGCAUCUUCUAUUGUUGACUGUUUGGCAUAAUUUUAUGCAGCUUUUAACUUAUUUUGCUACUUUGAGGGACCAAUCGAAAAGAAUGUUGGGAAUCUAAUUGUCUGAAUGCAUAAUGAUAUGCUUGAGGUCAUUUCAUGAUAGGUCUAUCACUGUAGAAAACCAGGUAUGGUAGUUAGAUCCAUGGAGAUUUGUAACAUUCAGACUCCGGGAUCAGUUACCUAGUAUUUUCAGGGAUUUGCUUUUCUAUUCGCAGUUCUGAAAUAACACUUUUGAUUAGAGUUUUGAUGGAACUGUCUCAUUAUGUUGGGCCAUUCUUCUCAAAAAACUUGCUGCAAACUUUGUAAUGUUAGCAAAGCCAAAAGUUAAUAGUUUGGUGUGAGGGAAAUAACAUUAUCUAGGUCACAAUUGGGUGUGGAUGUCCAACUGGUCAUAAUGGUCGUUGGAACACAAGGUUAUUCUAUUGCAACAGUCUUGACAAAUGUAAAGUUUUGUUGAUUUUAUGAUUAAACAUAUCACAUUCACUGAGAGAUUAUAGACAACCCUAUGCAACAGACUUGUGGUGAGAUGAUCCAGUGGUCGAGUCAUCACAAAUGUUUGCCCUGAUAAGAUAUUUUAUCUGUGUUUUACUUCAUACCUUUUUUGGUUGAUGAUGAAUGAAACAUGUGCAGUCUGUGAAUUGAGAAGUGUUUCACAAUGUGAAGGCAGUCUUGUCAGUCAGUAAGCCAUAUUUCAACUAGAAACUGUUGCAUUCCCGAAUAUUGUGUUAUUUGAUAACUUACCCUGUUUGUGAAUUGUUAAAAGCUUCCCCCAUGUCAUCACCAUCUAGUGAGGUGUGGCUGGGGUAUCACAGGACCAGACUUGUUGGUCCUGGUCUCAGAUGUGGCUGAUUGUUGGUUGUGCCCAGUCUUCAUCUCUCUGAAUGCUGCGUACAUGUACAUGUAUGUUGAAUCAAUGCACAUUCUGAUGAUAAUAAGGGGGUGAGGUUGUUGAAUUUGGUUAUAAGUAUGGAUGAUUGUAGAUUGGCCUUUUUUCUGCUCUUUUCUGUUGUAAAUAAUGUCUUUCGUGUGAAUGUGUUCUGUCGUAAAUCAUUCCUGUUGCCUGCUGCCAUGUUUUUCACAAUUUCUUGACCGCUGUGUGAUAAUUCCAUCCAUGACAUUCAUGGUUGUGAUCCAUAACUAUUGUUAUUGUGGUAGACAUGCAUCUGUCUUGUUGAUUGUUGAUAUCUCUGUGAUGCACUUCAGAACAGUUUGAAAGACUUGAAGUUAGUUGUAUCAAUCAUGGUGGUUAUCAAAGUCUAUAUAAAACAGGCAGUUGGUUCCAAGCCAUCUACACAGCAUUUAAGAAAGUUGUAGUUGGGUGCAAGACUGCUGAAAAACUGUUACCGGGGACCUAGCCCUUUUGCCAGUUGAUCACCAGUAAAAUAUAUUGAUAUUUUCGUUGUGCUCAUUGGUUGGAUGACCUGGGUGUUUCAUUGUCGCUGUGAAUUUGUGUAGAAUACUUGUAUUUCCCAUGGUUGUUCUCAGUGAGGACAUCUGGGGGAGAAAAAUUGACCAGUUGUGUCACACUUAGUAAGGUUGCAUCUGAAAGCAUUGGAGAGUGGGUUGUGAUGUUGUUCAUGGAUGACUCGGUUCCCUGGAGAAGCAUUCGUGAGAGGUGUCUUUCUGAAUCCUUGCUCCAAUGCUCCACUUUGCACCCUGUUUCUGAGCCAAGCUCAUCUGACUUGGCCAUCAAUCAAAGUCAUCACUAUUUAUUUCAUGUAACCUUUGUCCGAUCUCCGUGAUAAGCUUGUAAAUGUGUACAUAUCUUUUUUAGGAAAAUGUCAUUCUGUGUGGUUUUAUAAUCUGUAUGUAUCUUAGACUAGAACUGAAAUAUACAAGAGAGCGUUUGUAAAUAA